GUCGUCCGCUAUCUCUCUUCAGGGUAAACGCCCGACUUUCCAAAGCAAAGCUGUUGAGGUAGCGAGAUUCUUUGGGGUAGACGCGAUUCUAACUUUUUCCUUACUGAUCGCGUUAGUUCAGACCGAACACCGCGUCCUCAAAUAUACAUGUGAAGUUAGUAGGAACUUAGGGGAAAAGGGUGUAUUGUUUUCCUAUAAUGGCCAAGUCUCGUAAAUCACAGGAAGAUAUUGCAAAUGAAGCUAUAAAGCACGCUUUGAAGGCUCUGCGGAAGCGGCAUUUAGCUGAAGAAGGCGCUCAUACUCCGGCUUUUGAAGCUCUUUCCAGGCCCUUCGCUUCCCAGGGCUCUGAAUGGAAGGAGAAAGCGGAGAAUCUACUGUUGGAACUUCAACAAUGCUACAAAGCUCAAUCUCGACUGUCCGAGCAACUGGUUGUCGAAGUAGCUGAAUCCAGGGCUUCAAAAGCUUCAGCUCAAGAGAGAGAGGUUGCAAUUUGUGAUAUGCAAAAGGAGUUGACUGAAUUGAGGGAUGAGAGAUCUCAAUUAAAGAAAGACUUCGAAGAAAAGAUUAAAGCUCUGGAAUUGAUUAUUGGUGAGAAUACAGAACUUAAAGCACAGUUGGAACAGAUGACUCUUAAAGCCAAGAAUACGGAGGCUGAAAAUAAGAUGUUAGUUGACCGGUGGAUGCUGGAAAAGAUGAAGGAUGCUGAACGCCUGAAUGAGGUAAAUGCACUGUAUGAAGACAUGGUUGAACGGCUAAAGGCAAGUGAUUUAGAAAAACUAGCAAAGCAGCAAGUAGAUGGCAUAGUUCGUCGAAGUGAAGAAGGUGCUGAGUUCUUUCUAGAGUCAAUUAACCCCUCCACAUGCAAAUUCAGGCUCCAAGCCCAUGAAGGCGGCUGUGCCUCCGCUUUGUUUGUGUACAACUCUAGUAAAUUGAUUACUGGGGGACAUGAUCGGUCAGUUAAGGUGUGGGACACUAAUACAGGAUCCUUGAGUUCUAAUCUUUAUGGCUGCCUUGGUUCUGUCUUGGAUCUCGCAGUUACCCAUGACAAUCAAUCUAUUAUUGCUGCUAGCAGCUCAAACAACUUAUAUGCGUGGGAUUUCAACUCAGGCCGGGUUCGUCAUACCCUUACUGGUCAUACAGAUAAAGUGUGUGCUGUUGAUGUCAGCAAGGUUUCAAGUCGCCAUGUUGUCAGUUCCGCAUAUGAUCGAACUAUUAAAGUUUGGGACUUGGUGAAAGGUUACUGCACCAACACAAUAAUCUUUUACAGCAACUGUAAUGCUCUUUGCUUCAGCAUGGAUGGACAGACUAUAUUUUCUGGUCAUGUUGAUGGAAAUCUUCGGUUAUGGGAUAUUCAGUCUGGAAAGCUUCUUAGUGAGGUUGCUGCACAUUCGCUUGCUGUCACUUCAAUAUCUUUCUCUCGAAAUGGAAAUGUUGUGUUGACAAGUGGAAGGGACAAUUUACAUAAUUUGUUUGAUGUGCGAACGCUGGAGGUUUGUGGCACACUGAGAGCCACAGGAAACAGAGUGGCAUCUAAUUGGAGCCGCUCGUGCAUUAGCCCUGAUGAUAACUAUGUGGCUGCUGGAUCUGCCGAUGGAUCUGUAUAUAUUUGGUCAAUAUCCAAGUCUGAUAUUGUCAGUACUCUGAAAGAACACAAUUCGUCUGUAUUGUGUUGUACAUGGAGUGGACUUGGAAAAACCCUCGCUUCAGCUGAUAAGAACGGGGUUGUCUGCGUUUGGACAUGAUGGGGUCGUGUUUAUGUGAAUGCACUCGUUCAUUAGGAUGUGGUUUUUUUAACUUCUAUGCUCAGUUCUUGUCCUGGCCGGCUCAAUUCUUCCACAACCCCCCCCCCAAAAAAAAAAAAAACCUUCUUGGUUCAUACACCGUAGCGUCUACCAUUCAAAACUUCAAAUUAGGGAUGCUGUAGAUAUUCGUUGUUAAUAAAGUAUCACUCAGUAUGGUC